AUGGUCUACGCACGAUCGCCAAGGCGUUCUCGCCCCUCAUUCCGUCCAUCACAACCCCGCACUCGAGCCUCAUCAACAUCAUCAUCAAGCUCCGGGUCCGACGAUGGCCUCAACAUACUCGACACAGCGUGGACCGAUACCAUCGGCGGUGUUACAAUUCAUCUCAGCAAACUUGGUGGCUCAAAUAUGGAUAGAUACCCACGGUGCGCAGUGUGGAAGGCAGAUAUGAAAGUCUACCUUGAUGCCAAGGGAAUGGGCGAUUAUAUCCGAGCCGAUAAUGAGGGCGACAACUUCACGUACAUCGAGGAAGAAGUUUUGGCAAAGAUGGAUAGGGAGAGGAAAGCGAUGAUCUGGUUCUCAGUGGAGGAGAAGCUGAGGAAGGAGCAUUUGUUGGAUUUGUGCGAGAGGGAUAAGACCAGCGAAGAUGUGUGGAGAAGGAUUCAUGAGAGGUUCGGCGGUGACAAGCCUUAUGAGCCUCUACCAGAGUUGAGCAUUGAUGAGGAAGUUUGA